AUGUAUGCUGAUAUCCUUCAUGACACCGCUGCUCCUCCACUGAAAGACCCACCGAGCGAGAGUAGGGUCCUCAAACCAGACCCACCGAGCGAGAGUAGGGUCCUCAAACCAGACCCACCGAGCGAGAGUAGGGUCCUCAAACCAGACCCACCGAGCGAGAGUAGGGUCCUCAAACCAGACCCACCGAGCGAGAGUAGGGUCCUCAAACCAGACCCACCGAGCGAGAGUAGGGUCCUCAAACCAGACCCACCGAGCGAGAGUAGGGUCCUCAAACCAGACCCACCGAGCGAGAGUAGGGUCCUCAAACCAGACCCACCGAGCGAGAGUAGGGUCCUCAAACCAGACCCACCGAGCGAGAGUAGGGUCCUCAAACCAGACCCACCGAGCGAGAGUAGGGUCCUCAAACCAGACCCACCGAGCGAGAGUAGGGUCCUCAAACCAGACCCACCGAGCGAGAGUAGGGUCCUCAAACCAGACCCACCGAGCGAGAGUAGGGUCCUCAAACCAGACCCACCGAGCGAGAGUAGGGUCCUCAAACCAGACCCACCGAGCGAGAGUAGGGUCCUCAGACCAGACCCACCGAGCGAGAGUAGGGUCCUCAAACCAGACCCACCGAGCGAGAGUAGGGUCCUCAAACCAGACCCACCGAGCGAGAGUAGGGUCCUCAAACCAGACCCACCGAGCGAGAGUAGGGUCCUCAAACCAGAUCCACCGAGCGAGAGUAGGGUCCUCAAACCAGACCCACCGAGCGAGAGUAGGGUCCUCAAACCAGACCCACCGAGCGAGAGUAGGGUCCUCAAACCAGACCCACCGAGCGAGAGUAGGGUCCUCAAACCAGAUCCACCGAGCGAGAGUAGGGUCCUCAAACCAGACCCACCGAGCGAGAGUAGGGUCCUCAAACCAGACCCACCGAGCGAGAGUAGGGUCCUCAAACCAGACCCACCGAGCGAGAGUAGGGUCCUCAAACCAGAUCCACCGAGCGAGAGUAGGGUCCUCAAACCAGACCCACCGAGCGAGAGUAGGGUCCUCAAACCAGACCCACCGAGCGAGAGUAGGGUCCUCAAACCAGAUCCACCGAGCGAGUGA